AUGGGGAAGAGCAAAACCACCCUCCAGGCCAAGGCCAAGGCCAUUGACCCCACACUAGAUGCUCUCUUCUCUGCGAGUUCUGGCCCUUCCGAAAAACCUUCGGCUACGAGAUACCAAGCACUGCUUCCUCCUAAAGAGAGAAAGCCUGCCAAAACAUCAAUAGCACAGGCUCCCGCCGAGUCAGAGUCCGACAACGAAGAGGAAGAUGACGAAGAGCUCAGCGAGAUCGAUGGAGACUUAGAAGAUGUGGACCUCGACGAGCUAAACAGUGACGAGUCUGCGGAUGAAGAGUCAGAAGAGGACGGAGAGGAGGAGGCGGAAGAGGAUCCGGAGGCCGAGUCAAGCGCGGAGGAAGAGACUGCCCCUGCCAAGAAGGAGCGCAAGCGGAAGAGGCGAGACGAGCAUGACGACCUGGAGUCCAAGUACAUGCGGAAGUUGGAGGGUGAGGUCGAGGGCGGCACGGACGAGGAUGAUACGAGUAGCAAGCGGCGCAAGAAGCUAGACGGCGACGAGACUGAGCCCAUUGCUGGCGGCGACGACUCGGCGCCCAAGGAAGACGCCGACGGCACAGAGGAUGAGGAGGAGGAGCCACGCAUCAUCCACGAGUCCCUCCUUCCCAAGGAAGAGCAAGAGCAUGGCGACAUCGAGCUGGACAAGGCCAACCGCACACUCUUCCUCGGCAACGUCUCGAUAGACGCGAUCUCGUCGUCCUCGGCCAAGAAGACCCUGAUGGCUCACCUUGCCUCGCCCCUCGGCGAUCUCGACGCGGCGACUGGCCCUCACAAGAUCGAGUCGCUGCGGUUCCGCUCCGUCGCCUUUGCUUCGGGCGCUUUGCCCAAGCGCGCCGCAUACAUUACAAAGUCUCUGAUGUCCGCCACCACAAAGUCUGCCAACGCGUACGUCGUCUACUCGACACCGCUGGCCGCGCGCACCGCGCACAAGGCUCUCAACGGCACCGUCGUGCUCGAGCGGCACAUCCGCGUCGACAGCGUCGCCCACCCGGCCCCGAUCAACCACCGCCGCUGCGUCUUCGUCGGCAACCUGGGCUUCGUCGACGACGAGACCGUCCUCAACACCAACGCGGACGGCGAGACCACCACCAAGAAGCGCAACAAGACCCCCUCCGACAUCGAGGAGGGCCUGUGGCGCGUCUUUGGCCAGCACGCCGGCAAGGUCGAGAGCGUGCGCGUGCCGCGCGACCCCAAGACCCGCGUCGGCAAAGGGUUCGCCUACGUGCAGUUUGCGGACGGCAACCACGUCGAGGCGGCCCUGCUGCUCGACGGCAAAAAGUUCCCGCCGAUGCUGCCCCGCGCUCUGCGCGUCUCGCGCGCAAAGAACCCACGCAACACGGCGCUCGCCGUGGAGCGCACCGUCAAGGCCAAGCUGGGCGGCGGUGCCGGGGGAGGCCCCUCGGACGCUAAACAAUCCGGCAGCACAAAAUACCAGCACAAGGCCACCCCCGAGCAGCAGUCCCAAGCCGGCCGCGCCGGCCGCCUGCUCGGGCGCUCGGGCGCCGCCAAGGCCGCCGCCGAGCUCAAGGGCAAGAAGCUCACAAAGUCGAUGCCCCGGCACGAGUCGCGCUCCGCCGCCGCCGGAGCCCCCGGCUUCGUCAAGACGGACGGCCUGGUGCGCCCGAUCAAGACGCCCGAGCAGAUCGUCUUUGAGGGCCGGCGCGCGAGCUCCAAGGACGGCAAGCCCCGGGACCUCAAGAUCGGCAAGGCCGGCAAGAAGAAGAGCGGCGCGAACCCCGGCAAGAAGACCGGCGGCGGCGUGACGAAAGCCGCCAAGGGAGGACGGGGUGCCAAGAGGGCUUCAGAAUGGCGGCAGCGGUUGACCAAUAAAUAA